AUGGGAUCAGAUAGCGAGGAGCUUGCAGCUGCAUCCAGACUUGAAGACGAUCUCAGUUUCUACCAAACUACAAGCCCUGAUAUUGCAAAGCUAUUUGAAAGAGAAACCCAAGUCAAGCGUCCUGCCUUAGUUUUAGUGAAAAAGGAGGAAGAGAAACUUGCCCGUUUUGAUGGAAACUUCACUAAGGCGGCUAUAACAGAGUUUUUGUCAGGCAACAAGGUUCCGUUGGUCAUCAACUUCACCAGGGAAGGCGCAUCAAUGAUCUUCGAAAACUCAGUGAAAAACCAACUCCUUCUUUUCGCUACGACAAAUGAAUCAGAGAAACACCUUCCCACUCUGAUGGAGGUGGCAAAGUCCUUCAAGGGAAAGUUUGUCUUUGUAUAUGUGCAAAUGGACAAUGAAUAUUACGGAGAAGCAGUUUCUGGAUUCUUUGGUGUUACCGGUACUGCCCCCAAGGUUCUUGUAUACACUGGAAAUGAAGAUAUGAGGAAGUUCAUUCUUGACGGUGAACUGACCCGUAAACAACAUCAAGUUCUAUCGUUUCUUUAUGUGACACUUGCGGAAGAUUUCUUAGCAGACAAACUAAAGCCAUUUUACAAGUCAGAUCCAGUACCUGAGAACGUAAGCCUUACCACAUCAGUGACAUGCCAUAUAAUACUGAUUUCUCACACUAGCUUAUAUAAUCAAACGCAGAAUGACGGUGAUGUUAAGAUCAUUGUGGGAAACAACUUUGAUGAGAUUGUUCUUGACGAGUCAAAGGAUGUUCUUCUCGAGAUAUAUGCUCCUUGGUGUGGCUACUGCCAAUCGUUUGAGCCUAUUUACAACAAGCUUGGAAAGUAUCUGAAGGGCAUUGACUCGUUAGUUGUAGCUAAGAUGGAUGGUACCACCAAUGAGCAUCCUAGAGCAAAGGCUGAUGCUUUCCCAACCAUCCUGUUCUUCCCUGCAGGAAACAAGAGCUUUGAUCCGAUCACUGUGGAUGUUGACCGUACAGUAGUGGAGCUCUACAAGUUCUUGAAGAAGCACGCAUCAACUCCAUUUAAACUUGCUAAACCGGCAACACCUGAACCGGUCAGUACCACCAAGAAGGCGGAUGAAAAGAGUGAGGGUGAUAAUGCCAAGGAUGAGUUGUGA